CCAAAACACCAGGCCCAGAUGGUGGCACAGUGAAACAAAUUUUCAGAAUCAGGUUCUUCAUCUGAAGAAAAUGGAUUGGACCUCAGUGUGGUAUGGCACAGCUGGUCAUAGGUUAAAAAAAAUCUUCAUGAAGAAGAAAGAUCUUAAGCAACAUGAUGAAUUCAGAAGCUCAUGAAAGGAGGCUACCAAUCCUAACAUCUAAACAAGAGCUUUCCCCUCACGUUACAGAUGUUGGAGAAAUGAAGCAUUAUUUGUGUGGCUACUGUGCAGCUUCCAGCAAUGUAGCCAUAACAUUUCCCAUCCAGAAGGUCCUCCUUUGGCAACAGUUAUACAGAAUCAAAACCCAGGAUGCCAUACUUCAGUUGAGGAGGGAUGGAUUCUGAAACUUUUAUCACAGAAUCCUCACCCCGUUGAUACAGAAGACAAUGACACUGGUGCCCAUGUUUGGUCUGUACGAGGAUUUGUCUUGCUUUCUCCAUAAGCACGUCAGUGCCCCACAGUUUGCAACCCACAGCAUGGCAGUACUUGCAGGGACAACAGAAGCAAUUUUCACUCCACUGGGAAGAGUUCAGACAUUGCUUCAAGACCAUAAGCAUCAUGACAAAUUUACAAACACUUAUCAGGCUUUCAAGGCACUGAAAUGCCAUGGAAUUGGGGAAUAUUAUCGAGGCCUGGUGCCCAUUCUUUUCCGUAGUGAGUUCAGCAAAGUCCUUUUCUUUGGCCUUCGUGGUCCCAUCAAGGAGCAUCUGCCUCCUGCAAUGACUCACAGUGCUCGUUUGGUCAAUGAUUUUAUCUGUGGAGGUCUGUUGGAGGCCAUGUUCGGAUUCCUGAUUUUUCCAGUUAAUAAUGUAAAUACUCACAUACAGUCUCAGACUUGGUGGGGAAUUUCAGUCUUUCUCUAUGAUUUUCACAAAAUCUGGCUAGAACAGGACAUAAAAUUGGCAAAUCUUUUUAGAGGCACCCAUUUGAACUAUCAUCAGUCCCUCAUCUUUUGGGGCAUAAUCAAUGCACGUCACGAGUUCCUGUUAAAGGUCAUAUGGAAAAAAAUCGUCAGGUUCUGAUCUCACUGUCUAUAUAACAGUGGGUUCUAAAGCUGAUGACUCCGAAAUUUGUAUCUCCAAUCCAGACCUGCUUCCUGAACUCCAAAUCUGUGUAUUCAAUUGCACACUUGACAUCUCCACAUGGAUAUCUAACAGGAAUCUCAAACUUAACAUAUCUAAAUAUUAACUCCUAACCCACAGCCGCCACCAUCCCCACCUAAACCUGUUCCUCUAGUAGACUUCCUCAUCUCAGAAAAUGGUAAUUCUAUCCUGGUUCCUUGGGCAGAUUGUGCUUCCCCUUUCUUCAACUCCAAAAUCAAUUAAUGAGCUCUAUUUUCAAAAUACAUCUAGAACCUAACCAUUUCUACCUCCUUAAAACCUUCUUACUCAUCUCCUCAACUUCAACCUUUUCCUGCACUAAAAUCUACUGCAACAAAGCAGACAGAGCUUUUAAAUUUA